GAUCAAUAUUUCGGUCCCAAAAUCUCCUUUGUUCGUGUGACCCUGAACCCGUUCUAACUUAUCCUCAUCGUUGGCGAGCGUUCUCGCGACCCUAUGCCCGGAAAACGAAAGCGUGUAGCACGGGAUGGUGACGAGGACUACUCAUCCACCUCGUCCUGCUCAGAAUUCGAGGACAAAACAAGCAAGAUUUCAAGGAAACGACACCUUACUAAAGGCUCUCAGAAACGAACGAAGCGCGAUGUAAACUCAACUACAAUUUCUGAGCUACCAAACUUGUCCAGGAAUUUCCACUCAAAAACUAUCCAUACUUUAUCGGCAAUACCUCACAUACAAGAAGCGCUCUUAGAUUGGUUCACAACCGUUCGUCACUCUCGUGGUAUGCCUUGGAGGAAGCCGUAUGAUCCGAAUCUCAACGCUGGAGAAAGGGCUCAGCGGGCAUAUGAAGUCUGGAUAUCGGAGAUCAUGUUACAGCAAACUCAGGUCGCUACAGUUAUCCCAUAUUACAAUGCUUGGAUGGAGAAGUUCCCCACUAUAGAUCAUUUGGCCGCAUCCUGUAUCGAGGACGUGAAUGCUCUCUGGAAAGGUCUCGGUUAUUAUAGUCGUGCCAGCCGCUUGCUUGCUGGCGCCCAAAAAGUCGUUAAGGAAUAUGGAGGUCAAUUACCUGAUAAUGCCAAAGACAUGGAAGCAAACAUCCCAGGAAUUGGGCGCUAUAGUGCAGGUGCCAUCUGCUCCAUAGCAUAUGGCGAACGUGCACCCGUCUUAGACGGAAAUGUUCAUCGACUGCUGAGUCGGAUGUUAGUACUUCAUGCACCACCUAAAAGCAAAGCCACGCUUGAUAUCCUUUGGUCUGCAGCCGCUGCCAUGGUCAGCGAAUCCGAGGAAGAUGGGAAGUCUGGGAAGGAUUGCGGAAACAAACAUUCAGGAGACAUAAAUCAAGCUCUCAUUGAACUGGGGAGUACUAUCUGUAAAGUCCGUGACCCCUCGUGCAACCUCUGUCCACUUCGCAUUUGGUGCCACGCACAAGCCCGUCAAUCUGGUCAAGAAAUGGAGAUUGAAGACAUAGAGGAUAUCUGUACACUCUGUGAGCCGGUUACUGAUACCUCCGACGUUACACGCUACCCGAUGAAAGCUGAACGAAAGAGGGCAAGAGAAGAAACCGAUGUCGUAACCGUGGUGGAAUGGUGCCCAGCCCCACCAGACACGACUAAACAGUCCCAUUUUCUUCUACUCAGGCGUCCCGAGAAAGGACUUUUGGCCGGUCUAUAUGAAUUUCCGACAACAUUCAAUGUGUCGCCAUCACUUUCUCCUCGACAAAUCACAGAUAUUGGAAUGGAACGGGUGGCUUUUGCUGUGCGAGGCUCGACCGCUCGGUUAUGUGAGCCCCAUUCCAUUGGCGGUGGUCAACAAGACAAAUCCCCCUAUGCGGUGGUGGACGUCGAGUUCGCUGGAGAUGUUCAUCACGUAUUCUCCCAUAUCCGGAAAACCUACAAAGUACAACGAAUUCGUAUAGCGGGCGGCGAGGAGCCACCUAAAACGGAAGUCAUCUGCGUGACUAAAGAUGCGCCAAAUACCAAACACAAGGAAGCUCUAUGGGUACCCAAGGACCAGGUUGCCGAGGCAAACAUUAGUACAGGUGUUGUUAAAGUGUGGCGUCUAGUGAAAAUGCUAUGA